AUGCGUCUGACUUUCAUCCAUAAUGAGUCUUCCUCGGGUUCUCCGAAUGUUGCGCUAUACACCGUCAUGCUCCUCCAACUUGUAACGGCGGGCUAUGCAGCAGUUGGUAAUGGUAUGGGUGGACACAUUAUCCCGAGAGCGCCAUCGGAUCUUAUUACCCUCCCGAUACGUACACUACACGCACGUUCGCCAGCGGACAACACGACUUUCGGAGCCAGCUUGACCUCACUUUCGUUGGCGAGUAACAGACAAUCAUAUUAUACGAUUAUCACUGUUGGUGGGCUGAACUUUCGCGUUGAUCUGGACACUGGUUCGGCGGAUCUAUGGCUGGCCUCGAGCGCCUGCGAGACAAUUACUUGCAAGAAUAUACCUUUGUAUCCGCUUAAUCAUCGAAGUCCCUCGUUCGUCGAGCUGAACGCCAAUGAGACUGUGUUCAAGGCGUCAUAUGCCGACACCACAUUCGCAUCAGGAUUUGUCGCUAGAGAAACGAUUGGUUUGUCCAAUUCCAACCUGACGAUUGCCAACCAGGUGUUUGGCGUUGUGACGGACUCGAAUGUCUCUCUCACGGAUCAGACGACUGGAAUCAUGGGCCUUGGGUUUCCUAGGCUUUCUUCUAUCUCCACUGCAGCCAAUGCUUCAUCUUUCUUUGCAACUCUAGCUGCUCGAGGUGUUCUGGAAUAUCCGCUGUUUGCUCUCAGUUUGACGCGGAAUGCUUCUGGAACGCUUACAUUUGGCGCAAUUGAUUCUUCCGUUGUGACCAACGCUACCAACAUUGGGUGGAAUAAAGUUGCUCAAUUUCCCCCCUUUGGAGCAGAGAGUAAUGUUUCUAGCUAUUUGCAAUGGGCGAUCCCGAUAACGGGUAUUGCUGUUAAUGGCACGCAAUUUACCCCUACUUCUACAUAUGCCAACAUUGGCUUAACACGUUCACUUGCGCUGUUUGACAUUGGAUCACCAGGCAUCUAUGGGCCUUACCAAGAUGUUUCUCGUAUAUUUACUAUGAUCGACGGCGCACGCCUAGUCGAUGCUAGUAAUGGACAAUGGGCUCUUCCAUGCGACACCACUGUUCCGAUGUCGUUUACCUUUGGACAACGUAAUUACUCCAUUUCCCCCACAGACUAUAUCAUCGGACCAGCUUCUGGAAACCCAAAUUUAUGUCUGUCAUGGCCUUUGGCCCUUCCCCCAAGUUCUGACGGCAUUGAUUGGCAAUUCGGUUCAGCCUUCUUGAGGACAGUCUAUUCGAUUUUCAAUUUCGGAAUUAACGGCAAAGAGCCUCCCUUGAUCGGCCUAUACCCCCUGCAAAACAGUACAAACAUUACUGAAACCCAGCUUGCUUCUUUCCUUUCUGCCAACUCAGCAACUGUCACAACCACUCUUCCAAACUUCAUCUUAUCCACACCAACCUUCACUACACCGCCUUACACUCUUAACACCUCAGUAUCAGUAUCAGUCGGUGGUAUCGUGAGUUCUGGCCUUGCGAACACCACCUACAGUGCGUUGUUUGCCCAAAAGACCGCAUUGACCAACGUCUCUGCUCUACCCACAAUUUCACCUUCGCCUACAGUCCGAACGCUCGUUGUGACUGACUCGGCAGGGGAUGUCUCGACCACUGUUUCGAUUGCCUCUAUGGCAGCGGUAACGUUGGGGUUGCCCUCCAGCAGCGCAGCGUCUAUACACAUCACCUACUCUGCUAACUAA